UGGCUUAACUCCAUAGAAUGAUCGAUUGAUACUCCGUACUAUGAACACGUUUCGAAACUCGGUUGACUCUAUUUCUUGGCAACUCCAGAGGAAGAGAAAGGCCCAAUUUCAUACCUAACCAAACUCUAUAUAUAUAUAUAUAUAUCAACCCAACCCCAGAUUGGAUCAAUCACUCGCUAGUAGCUACUGCUCCUACUCACUCAUUCAUCUUCAAAGCUAAGCUAUUCAGCUUCUCUUUACCAAUUGCCCUCCAAAUUGAAAACCACCCACAAAUGGGGAAGGUAUGUAUAAUUAUAAUCUCUUCUUGCUGUAAGUUCCAAGCAGUAAAACUGCAAAUUAGAACUAUGUUUGCACUCUUGGAUUUCAUAAAUCUUGAAUUUCCGUUUGAAUUAUCUUGAAUGUUUUUAUAAUUGGCAGCAAAAGGUAGUAUUUAGCAUCACUAUGAGGGAUGAAAAGGCUAAAGUCAAAGCCCAUAAGAUUGUCGUUACCCACUGCAGUGGAGUUGUUUCAACAUCGGUGGACCAAGAGAAGGGGCGGAUAGAGGUGGUCGGCGAGUUUGAUGCCGUGGCGUUGGCCGUCGAGCUGAGAAGGAAACUUGGACAAGCUAAUAUAGAGACCAUGGCCCCCGUGGUUGAAGAAAAGAAGAAAGAAUACAAAAGGAAUGAUACUCCAACACCCCAAUACGGGACAAUCACUUUUAAUCCAUACACUUCCUAUCAAGCGCCUUCUUACUACUACGGUUAUUAGGCUAAUCCUUACAAUAAUUAAUGAUUAUGAACAUGUGUGGGAGGCGUAGUAUUGUAAUUCAAUUCACUUUGUAAAGGAACUAAUAAACCUAUUACUUGUCAUAUAUGAUUCUUUUCUUGUCAACUAGUAUAGUACCUGUGCAUACGCACGGGAAAAAAUAGUUGGUGCAUAUAUUUGUACUGAAUUACUGAUAUCUAAUUAUAAAUUAAUAUGUAAACAUUUCUCACUUAAUAAUUAGCAAGAUUAUCUUCUUAUUAUAUUU